CGAACCCGGCAUAUCUGACAAGCGAGGCCCUUCUCCUCACGUGACCCCGACCUCCUCCUCUCCGUGCGCCGCCUGGCCCUGCCCUCUCCCGCCGCCGCCACUGCUCCGCAGCCGACGCCGCCCCUGCCCACUCCGGCUGCAGCCGCCACCGCCACUGCUCCGCAGGCGCCGUCGCCCCUGCCCUCCCCCGCCUGCCUCCAGAUCAGCGCCGUCCUUCCCUCCCCUGACGUCGCCUCUCUCCGGAUCCGCGCCGUCCUGCCCCCCCCCCCCCCCCCCCCCCCUGCCUCCGGAGCCGCGCCGUCGCCCCUGCAGUGCACCUGACGCCGGCUGGCUCUCCUGCCUCCCCUUUCGGCAGCUGUAACUCCGCGCCGGGGACUCGCUGCUCGUGCUCGGCGCGCUCUACUCCACCCAUCCGAUCAUCUCUCAAGGUUUCCCCCUCCAUCUUUCAAGGUUUCUAUCCAUGGCACUCGUCGUGAUGUGUGGGCAGCCAUGCAGCGGCAAAUCAGCAGCUGCUGCUUGCCUUGCUGCUGCACUGCGCACUUUCUCAACAGACCUUAUUGUCCGUAUCAUUGACGAGUCAUCACUCCAUCUCGGACGCAAUGAUAGCUACAAAGAUAUGGUCGUGGAAAAAAACUUGAGAGGAGUUCUUAGAUCAGAAGUUGACAGAUCGGUGUCACGAGACAGCAUAAUCAUUGUUGACUCUUUGAACAAUAUUAAGGGGUACCGAUAUGAGCUGUGGUGUCUUGCACGUGCAUCUGGAGUAAGAUAUUGCGUGCUUUUUUGUGAUACAGAAGUGGGCCAUUGUAGGGAAUGGAACAGCAACCGCAAGGAGAAAGGAGAACCCGCAUACGAUAGUAAUAUAUUUGAAGAUCUUGUGAGGAGGUUUGAGAAUCCAGAUAGGCGUAAUCGUUGGGAUUCCCCUCUUUUUGAAUUGUUUCCAUCCAGAGAUGCAAUAGUGGAAUCAGCUCCUGUCAUUGCCGAGGCUGUGUCAUAUUUGACAAAGAAGGUGGAUUCAAAAACAAGAGAUGUAAAAGUUCUCCAACCUACAAUUGCCACUCAGACUGUGAGAACAACAGAGACUAAUUCCCUCUAUGAGAUGGACAAAGCAACACAGGAAGUGGUGAAUGCAAUUGUUGAAGCACAAUCCUGUGGUCUUGGGCUUGCCAUGAACGAGAUUUCUAUUGGACCUAACUUGCCAACUAUCAAUCUUCAAAGAUCUGUUGGCCUGCCUGAGCUCCGGAGCCUGCGACGAACUUUCAUUAAGCUGGCAGGGCAGUACAGCCUGAGUGGCCCACCACCGCCGACUGAUGCCGAUAGCGCAAAGAGGAUGUUUGUUGACUACUUAAACCGUGAAGUUGGAGCUUGAUGGGUUUUCCUCUCUGAUGCAUAAAUAAUUUGGGCAUGUACUUUUAGUGGCGUUGAAAAGACUGCCUGCCCUCAUUGUAUCUUGGGUAUAGGAUUUCAUAAAUGCUGACAUCAUACAGGAAUUCUUGUACCUUUUGUAACACACAAAAUUCUAGGGAAACCGAACUUUGAAAAUCCACUUGUUUAAAUGUGGAUUGUGUAUAUAUGGCAGUCACCUCUCAAGGUUUUCCCCUCCA